CUAAACUUUCCGGGUCACGUGAGCGGGCGGAGCUGCAAGAGUCCGAUCGAGCCACUGACCGACGCACCGAGGGUUCGAGCGAGGGACCGGGAUCGGGACCCUGAACGAGGUGGAAGACGCCCGGCCCAGCACCCAGGUGCGGGGUCGAAGGUACCCCCGGCCAGAGAUGCGGUAGGAGCGGCGCGCGCGACCAGCCCCGUCUCCGGUGCCACCAGCCCGUCACCCGGCCCAUGGCGAGCCCCGGCCUGGGGCUGCUCCUGGCGCUCGGCCUGCCGCUGCUGCUGGCCCGCUGGGGCCGGGUCUUGGGGCAAAGUUCUACAACACCGGGCCCCCCUGUAAGUGGGAACAGCACCACUGCGCCUUCUGGCCCCAGCCCUGGCUCCAAUGGGGCCCUGUCCCAGGAGGCCACCACUGCCAUCAUCGUGGUCUUCUCUCUCCUGGCUGCCCUGCUCCUGGCCGUGGGCCUGGCACUGCUGGUGCGGAAGCUUCGGGAGAAGCGUCAGACGGAGGGCACCUACCGGCCCAGCAGUGAGGAGCAGUUCUCCCAUGCAGCCGAGGCCCGGGCUCCCCAGGACUCCAAGGAGACGGUGCGGGGCUGCCUGCCCAUCUAGUUUUCCCUUCCUCUACCCAUCACCCUUCCUGGCUGUGUGACCUUGGGGGAAGGCAGAGCUCUCUCUGGGCAAUCAAACCCACCCAGCGCUUAAGAAUAGAAGGGAAGAAGGUGCUUCAAAGACUCUCCCCUUGAAGGCAAGGGGGACUGAGGCUGCUCACUUUAUAUGUAUCUAUAUGAUGGAUAGUGCGAUAUAAUAAAAUCUCUCUGUGGGCUGGUGGGGGCCAGGAUUAGCCUAGAUGGAGGAGACACAUAGGCUGUUGAGAGAUGAAUUGUAGGAUCCUAGGGGCUGGGAGGGCUUCCUGGAAGGGAGGGGCUUUUAGCUGUACCUGAGAGCCAGCUGGAGGAGGCUGCCUCAGGAGGGAAGGUGGGGAGUGGGGUGGGUUUCUGAGCAGAAAGAGGGCUGCCAGAUAAACCCACCAGGAAAAAAACCAGCUCUGGGCUCUUGUGGGUUUAUUGAGGGGCCAGAGUCCUCUCUAGACUCCUGAUCCUUAACCUUCAAAACACUUUUUAAGCUCAGCGACACUGGGCCGGCUCCUGGCCUGGGGCUCCUGCCAGUUGGUAGCAGGAGGAUCAGGGGGCCUGGGGGCUCCCAGCUCCUCGGCGGGCUGGAGGUGUGCACAUUCUGCGAGCAGGACCUCCGAAGGCUGGGUUUCGGGGUUCUCUGAGGAACCGGGAUCUGAGGGAUAAUCAAGGGCUUGGGAUGUCCAGGUAAUAUCCGAGUUGGAUUUUGUGGCGGUCAGAAGCUGAGGGCUUUCUGGAGGGCUGGGCUGGGUGGGUGCCGUGGAGAGCUGGGAGCCGGGGCUCUCCUGGGCUGUGGGAUCCUCUGUUGCCUCAUGGGGAGGGGAGAGGCAUAGAGGCUGGAGCUCUGUGAGAGAGGAACUGGGCUCCCCUUUGCUGCUUGGGUCUGCAGAAGCUGUCGAAGACUGGCAUGCAGAAAUGAUUUCUGGGCUGCCCUCCGAGGGCAGCUGGGAAGUGGGGUGCUCCGGGCAGCUCGUGGCACCCAAAGGCUGGGGGGUGUGCAGAGGCGGCAGGCUGACAGGCAGGGACAGGGGCUGGGGCUCUGUUGGUUUCUCAUCAUCUUCUUGCCAUCUUGAUCUUCCUGGUAUGUCAGGCUGGGUGGGGAUGGGGAGAUGGGCAGGUUGCUGGGCUUUAGAUGAAGGAGGCGCUGGCAGGUUGCAUGGGCAAAUGGGGAAGAGUUGGGGGGGAGGCUCUCACCAGGCUAAGGCAGCUGUCCAGGUCCCCUCUGUGGCAGCAGUCCAAACUCUGGCUGGGUCGCAGGCUGCUGGUCCGCGUGGCUCUCGUGCUCAGGGUAUCCAGAAUCUCGCUCAGUAAAUCCAGUUCUUCUCCGGACCCCAGGAAGCUGCCGUCCAGAGCUUCCUCUGCCCAUGUUUCCUGGGCAUCCUCAGGGCUCAGAGAGGGUGUCCUGGGUGAGGACGGGAAGCCUCAGAUAUCUGCCCCAGACCGGCUGCUCUGAAGGGUCUGGAAUUUGGGGGCCCACUUCCCCAUCAGUCCUGGCCCCCCACUUUCAACACUGCCCCCUCCCCCCCUGCCUUGGCGUCUUACCCCUCCCCCAGGGACUCAGAAGGUCUCUCUUCCAGCCGGAAUCUCCUGCUGGGGCGAAGGGGCCGGUUCUGCAAAGGACAGAUUUGGGUGCUGGGGGGGCCGGGUCUCAGGAGCUACAGAAUCAGAGGGUUGUGUGAAAGGUGAAGUGGGCACUCCAUGUUGGGGGUAGUGGCGAUGUCUGGCUGGAGACGGGAUGAGAGGAGGGCUUGGUGAUAAUCCCAGGUGUGUGACUGGCGCUGGGGGCUGGGGGUGGGGGGCUUCUUACCUGUCCAAAGUGCCGGGUGAUAGGCAGACGCUGCUGCAGGCGAUCUGAGCGGCUGGUGAGGGAGGGGGCCCUCAGGGAGCCCCCCCUCUGAAGGCCAGAGUCCCCAUCCUAGGAAGAGGGUGGGUGAGCCAGGAGCCCCUCCCCCCACUUCCCUGUGACAUUGGCUACUGGCUUUACCUUGUACAUCAGAAGGCUCUGCACACCCUUCAAGCCGCUCUUUGCCUGUGGAGGAGCCAGAAGAGAAUUAGACCUGAAAGUGAUUUGACCCUGGGCAUUUGAGAACUUGACCCUCCAUCCCUGAGGACAGUUUCAUCUUGCCAUCUGCUCAUGUGUGUCUCAAAAUGUAUUCAGAUUCCCCCUGUGCCACCUAAGAAGUCAAUACAAACUUGCCCCUUUGAUGAAUACGAAAGGAUAUUCCUGGAGGAGAUAACCCCCAGAUGAAAUGGAGGGUGGCAAAACCAGAACAUCGUAAAAAUGCGUCAGUAUUCAAAAGCCAAGCAAAGAAUGAAAUCCAGCAGACAAUUCUGAGCUGCGGAAGUCGGUCCCAGGAAACUUUUGGGCUUGGGAGAAAAACAAACGACAAGGGCAGACACUGGGAUUGUAGUGUCUCAGAAGGAUUAAAAAUGUUUGCCA